AUGGACUCCCAAUAUCUCUUCCAUGACGCCAAUCUGCUCGAGCCCAUCGCUAUCGUGGGCCUAUCCCUCCAAUUUCCGGGCGGUGUCAGCAGGAUAGACAGCCUUUGGGAGAUGAUCCAACAGGCUCGCUGUGUCUCCAAAGAGUUCCCCGCUGACCGUAUUAAUGCCAAUGGCGCUUACUGGCCUCAGGCUCCAAUCAGAGGAGGUCAUUUCAUCACAGACGACAUAACCGCCUUCGAUGCUCCUUUCUUCUCCUUGUCGGAGGUCGAAGCUGCCUCCAUCGACCCACAGCAGAGGCUGUUGCUGGAGAUGAGCUAUAUUGCGUUUGAAAACGCCGGCAUUCCCAUCUCUCAUGUCGAACAUUCCAACACUUCCGUCUAUAUUGGAUGCUUCACAGACGAUUACAGAACCCUUUACAAAAAAGACCUACGCGAGAGCGCCCCCUACGCAGCUACUGGUAUCACCACUACCCUCAACGCCAACCGCAUUAGCUGGUUCUAUAACCUCACCGGCCCCAGCAUCAAUAUAGACACGGCCUGCUCAAGUAGCCUGGUGGCGCUGCACCUCGCCUGUCAAGGAUUGCAGAGUGGCGAGGCACAAAUGAGUCUGGUCGGCGGCGCCAAUCUCCUUCUGGCCCCUGAUUUAUUCCACAUCUUGUCUGAUAUGAAUAUGCUCUCGCCAGAGAGCCGAUGCCACAGCUUUGACGCGCGCGCGAAUGGCUACGGCCGUGGCGAGGGAAUUGCAGUAUUAGUGCUCAAGCGCCUGGACCGUGCCAUCCAUGAUGGAGACACCAUCCGAGCUCUCAUCCGGUCGACUGCCUGCAACCAGAAUGGGCACACACCUUCUAUCACUCAACCCAGCCCCUCUGCCCAGGCUUCGCUGGUUGAUAAGUGUUAUGCUCAAGCUGGCCUGGACAAACGGCGCACGGCGUAUGUAGAGGCUCAUGGUACCGGCACGCCUGUGGGAGACCCCGCUGAGGCUGAGGCGCUGGGGCGAAGUUUCAGGGACUCCCGGCUACCGGGGGAGAAGCUCUAUGUUGGCUCGCUCAAAGCCAAUAUUGGGCAUUUGGAGGGAGCUAGCGGGAUUGCGAGUGUCAUUAAGGCGAUUGCGGUAUUGGAGAGUGGGGUUAUUCCUCCGAUUGCUGGACUCCAUGUUUUGAAUCCGAUGAUUGACGAGGACAAACUGGGAUUACAGUUUCCGCGACACGCCGAACGGUGGCCAAAGGAGGGCUUACGCCGCAUUUCUGUCAACUCCUUCGGCUUCGGCGGGUCAAAUGCCCAUGCCAUCCUGGACGACGCUUAUCACUUUCUCCGGGAACAUGAGGUAGACGGGAUCGCGCACUCGCCACAUAGGCAAACGACAGGAAAGCAAGUGACUCUCUUAGAUGGCCUUUUGCCGGUUCUUGUCAUGAAAAACAAAGAAAACAUAAGCGAGCACAGCGGAGUGGGCCUUAAAUGUAUGUUACUCCCCCUAUCGUCAAGAGACGAGGCUGGUGUUCAUCGAGUCAUCGAAGCCUAUGGUGAGUAUUUUGCGAGCCUCGCACCUGAAAGCACCACGCCGGACUUCCUCGACGCAUUAUCAUAUACUCUCAUUGAACGUCGUAGCUGGCUGUCGUGGCGAACAUUUGCAGUGGUCACCCAAAGCGCACAACUAGAGAACUUUGCCUCGCUGAUGCCCCCACCUCGCCAGUCCCUAGCUAAUCCAGAAAUCGUAUUCGUGUUCACGGGGCAAGGUGCCCAGUGGCCGCAGAUGGGCAAGGAGCUGCAGCAUUAUGCAGUUUUUCGCUGCCAUCUCGAAGAGUCAGAGAGCUACCUGCGGUCCAUUGGCUGCGAGUGGCUGCUCGUCGAGGAGCUUCUGAGACCAGAUACAACGAGCCGCAUUCAUGAGCCGCAGAUCAGUCAAGUACUCUGCGCAGUGGUCCAAAUGGCGCUAGUCGACCUGCUCACCCAUUUCAAGAUCCGGCCCAGUAUCGUGAUUGGCCACUCAUCUGGAGAAAUUGCAGCUGCCACGGGCCAGCAGACUCUCAGCAUUGCCUGUUACAACAGUCCGUCCAGCGUCACUAUUUCCGGCAACGUGACAGAAAUAGAAACCAUGAAAAAAGAACUAGACCGCAAAGAAAUCUUCGCCCGUAAGCUACAGACGGGCGUUGCCUAUCAUUCAGCGCAGAUGGAACAUAUUUCUGACGCCUACGCUGGUUCUAUUGACACAAUUGAGCCAGGGGUAACUGCGCUCACAGGGCCAAGUAUGAUAUCGACCCUGUUAAGCAGCCCUGUUUCUCCAGAGACUUUGCAACAGGCAGCCUAUUGGGUAAACAACCUACUAUCGCCGGUGCGCUUCGCGCAGGCCUUCCAAAGACUCUGUAUUGGCGGAGUGCAGAAGAGCAUUGAUGGAAUCCAUUUUCCCGUCAGGAAUAUUGACAUUUGUCUCGAGAUUGGUCCUCAUCAUGCCCUCCGCGGACCAAUCCGAGACAUUCUAGUCGCACAGGAGAAAAAUAUGACUUACUUAUCCACAUUGCAGCGGGGAUACUCUGGAAUAAAUAGUCUGCUGCAAGCCACCGGUGAACUCUGGUGUCUGGGACAGUCUCCAGACAUGAUGCUGGUGAACAAUGAGGGCAUGGAGGCAAAAAAAAACAAUAUGGUCUCAUUGACUAAUUUGCCAGCGUACCCGUGGAACCAUACACACAGCUACUUCCACGAAAGUACGGUCAGCAAGAACCACCGUCUACGUUCAGGGCCUCGGUCCCCUCUCCUAGGUGAAUCAGCCGCAGACUGGAACUGUCUCGAGGCGCGUUGGAGGAACAUCAUCAAGAUCUCGGAGCAUCUGUGGGUCGAGGACCAUCGAAUAAACGGCGCUAUUAUUUUUCCAGCCGCGGGGAUGGUGGCUAUGGCGGUUGAGGCCAUCAAGCAGGUCUCCCAGGCGACGCGGCCAAUCAUAGCCUACGAGCUACGCAACAUCAAUCUGAGCGCAGCCUUGAUCAUUCCAGACCAGGAGUCCGGCAUCCAAACUCAAUUCUUCCUUCGGCGGACCCAAAGCAAUUGGUCUGGCUUCCGCCUUUGUGCGCUUGUAAAAGGAGGAUGGGAGGAAAUCUGCCAUGGAAAGAUCCGGAUCUACUAUGAAUCUCCGGCCGAUGACUCUGGUGUUGGGGCAGCGAAAGCAACACAGAAUCAUCUUCAGGAUAUUCAUAAGAUAUACACCAGCAUGCACUAUGACGAGGGAGCAAAUGUGAACCUGCCCAUCUUCUAUAAGGAGCUGCGAGAAUACGGACUUGAGUUCGGACCCGCAUUUCAAACACUCCAGACGGCACGAGUGAUAGGCAACAAAUCAGCUGCCCAAAUUAAGGUGUACAAUGGUGCCCCUGACGAGUGGGACUAUGUCGUUCAUCCAUGUACGCUGGAUGCUCUCUUUCACAUGCCUAUGCUUUCCCUCGUCUGUGAUAACGCGCACCGAAAGUCUACGGCUAUUCCGUCAAAGGUUCACCGCGUGUGGCUGGCGGCGAAGGGGUGGAAACCUCCCAGCACGAAAGAGGCUAUCCAUGCAACCUCAAUAGUAGUAUCUAAAGCUCGUCGCGAGGCUGAAGUUCAGUCAAGUGCUCUAACUUCGGAUGGGUCUAUGCUACUAGCAGAGCUGGAGGGUAUCCGCUUGACUGUGAUCAAUGAUAUGUCGACAACCAAAAACCAGGAAGAGUCGAUCCAAAAUACCCAUGCAUGGAAACUUUUAUGGCUACCAGAUAUCGACUUAAUGAGCAAGCCGGAGAUAAAUCAGUGGUGCACUCCUGUAUUACAACAUAAUGACGACGAGCCUUUUCAGUUCUACGAGAAAUUGACCCUUUUGCACUACCACUAUCUCAACCAGGUCGUUCGAGCAGCUUCAUAUCAUGACCCCGCUGCAUAUUCAAAAGCGCCGCAUCUUCGGCAAUAUCUACACUGGGCGAUGGAGCAGAUUCAGAAAAUGGGAUCCAGUGACAAUUUUCACUUACGCUCUUCGCUCGAGGACUGCAGCACUAAGCCAAAUCAUAUGGAUCAGCUCGAAGACUGGCUGGCGAAUACUAGUCCCCAGGGGAAAGCACAUGUGGUUGUCGCGCGCCACUUGCAGCGGAUCUUCCAUUCCGACAUUGAUCCUCUGGAACUUUUGUUCGCUUCACCUCUUCUUGUGAAUAUGUACGCCGAGUUUGGCCGCCAAAAAAACAUGGUCGCGUUGUCACGGUACCUGCAGCUAUAUUCCCACAAACACCCCGAUGCCGCCUAUAUCGAAAUUGGCACCGGAACUGGCGGCUCAACCACACCGAUCCUGCAGUCGCUCGCGGGUGACGAUGACAACCAAGCCUCCAUGACAGAUGUCUCAUACAGUAGUUUCACAGCCACCGAUAUUUCAGAGACGUUUCUCAAGGCCGCUCGGACACAGCUCGCACGAUUUCCCAAUAUAUACUUCAAAACCCUAGACAUUGAGCGACCAGUGGUGGAUCAAGGGUACACAUCAACUUCAUACGAUGUCGUCGUCGCGGCUAAUGUCCUGCAUGUCGCUAGUGAUCUUCUUAACGUGCUGCAUAAUGUUCAACGUUUGUUGCGGCCAGGGGGAAAGUUGGUUCUGAUAGAGAUUGUUAAGCCGGAUAUUGGCCGAAGCGGAUUCAUCAUGGGCUUGCUUCCUGGCUGGUGGCGCAGCAGCGAGUCAUACCGAACGCAAGGGCCAUGCAUACAAACUAAAACCUGGCACUCACUGUUACAGGCUGCAGGCUUUACAGGUGUUGAUCAUGAGUUUCCGGAUUUUGAUGGUAAUGGCUGUCAUGAAAUCAGCGUGCUAGUUAGUACCAAAACCACCCCAUCAGCACCAAGGGCAAGCGUGGGUUUCCCACCGGUCAAUAUUUUCUCGUGGUCAACUCCCCAGGAGGCGCAGUCCCAUUAUACAAGCACCUUAAACCACCAACUCCUGCAAAUGGGCUUAAGAAGUAAGGUCAUCAAUAUCGCCAAUACCAAACUCUCCGAUACCGACGCGAAUGCGCUCGCUAUCAUUGCAGUUGAUCUCGAAAAGACAAAAUCAUAUCUUGACUUUCCAGACAGCGACAGCUUCAGAAACAUCCAGCGCGUUUUGCGAAACGCCAAAAACAUAGUGUGGUUGACUCGAAACACAGGUGACGGCUCUUCCACCCCUCAAUAUGGCCUGGUGAAUGGGCUUGGGCGGGUUUGCAACACCGAGCUCGAAGGGGUCAAGUUCGUGCUAGUAGGCAUGGAGCUUAGGAAUUGUGAUUUCGCACACCAUAGCCAUCUAUUGGCGCAUGUUAUUCAGCAGAUGCUCACCGACGCGUCCUGCUCAUUUGAAACGGAAUUUGAGGAGCGAGAGGGACUCCUCUACAUCUGUCGGCUUCGUGAAGAUCUUGCUGCGCAGGAGAGAAUCGAUGCGCCUCCUUUGAAGCUAACAACGAAAACACCGGGUAUUCUGGAAAGCUUAUGCUUCACUGAAGACUAUAUGCACUCGACACCCUUGGCAGAAGAUGAGGUUGAGAUUGAAGUCCGGGCUAUCGGGCUCAACUUCAAAGACUGUCUCAUUGCUCUCGGCCGCGUUCCCUCAGAUACCUUGGGUAGUGAAUGCGCUGGUGUUGUGAUCCGUGUUGGGACGGCCUUCCAAGACAAAUUCCGGGUUGGAGAUCGGGUUUGCAUGUCCACAACUGAGACCUUCAAGACUUAUGCCCGGAGCAAGGUGCAGACCGUCUAUCGACUCCUUUCGAGUGUCAGUUUCACGGAGGCGGCGGCAAUUCCGACACAAUUUGGAACAGCUUGGAUGAGUAUAGUGAAUAUUUCUCGCCUUCAAAAGGGCGAAACUAUCUUGAUCCAUGCGGGAGCCGGAGGUAUUGGCCAAGCUUCUAUUCAGAUCAGCCAAUAUGUUGGUGCAGAAGUUUUUGUGACAGUGAGCUCACAGAACAAAAAGCAAACCCUCAUGACCGAAUACCAGAUUCCAGAUGACCACGUCUUUUACAGUCGUGAUACUUCCUUCGCUAUGGGCAUAAAACAUGCUACCAACGGCCGUGGCGUUGAUGUGGUGCUAAACUCAUUAGCCGGAGACAGUCUCCUGGCAUCCUGGGAGAGUCUAGCACCUUUCGGUCGAUUUGUUGAGAUUGGUAAAAAAGACAUCUUGGAAAACGCGAGUUUACCCAUGUUGCCAUUUCAUAAGAGUGUCACAUUUUCAGCUUUUGAUGGAUCCGUUUGGUUGGCUGAAAGGCGCGAUGAAGCCGAGCGUGUCAUCGCAACAAUUAUGGAUCUAUUCGAGAAGAAUAUUUUCCACUGCGCUCGCCCGCUUAACCUGUAUCCCAUUUCUCACAUACAGAAGGCUUUCUCAGAAAUCGCCAAUGGAAAAAAUAGCGGAAAGAUUGUCCUCGAUGUGAGAUCAGAGGCAAUUGUGCCAUCGCCGGCGGACUUGGCGGCAUUGGGCGGUGCAUCGCGCGCUGGAUGGUGGAACGAGGGGCCCGUAACCUCAUCCUACUCUCUCGUUCCGGACCAAGCACGCCUGAAGCUUGCAGCCUACUUGAGUCUCUUCGAGCCGUUGAAUGCAAGAAAUACCUCCCCCCCCAUCCGAGGAUGCAUCCAGGCAGCCAUGGUUCUACAAGACACACUGCUGACCAAAAUGACCCAUUCGCAAUGGACAGAAGCCUUGAAGCCCAAAGCCACUGGCUCCUGGAACUUACACCUCCACCUUCCCGCAGACCUAGACUUCUUUAUCCUCCUCUCCUCAGUCUCGGGAAUUGUGGGCCAACGCGGGCAAUCCAACUACGCUGCCGGGAACACCUUUCAAGACAGUCUUGCACGAUACCGCAUUCACCAUGGCCAGACAGCUACGGCGAUCGACCUGGGUGCAAUGGUCGAUGAUGGCUUUAUUGCUGAGAACCCGGGUGUACGCGACCGACUUCUUGCGUCCGGCACCAUGUUUCCCAUUACAAGAGACAAGUUUCUCGCUAUCUUAGACUACUAUUGUGAUCCUGCGGUGGCUCGCCGCCUGACUGUUGAGACGGCGCAGGUCAUCUUUGGGAUCAAAACGCCUGCGGCGAUGCAUGCGAGCGAGCUGGGUGACGAACCGGAGUGGCUGAGCAGACCGGUAUUCCGCUUCUUGCAACGAGCUUCGCCGAAUAUUACCGAGCGAGACAACGAACAAUCACGCAGCAGCGAGAGUUGGAGAAGCAGAGAAGAGAGUUUUAGAGCGGAGUUCUUGGUUUCGGGGUCGCUUGAGGGGGCUGGUGACGUCGUUGCCAGGGCACUUGUUGCGAAAGUGGCGAGGAGUCUAUCUGGAGUUUUGGAGGAAGAUAUGAAUAUGGACAGGCCAAUUCUUGGUUUAGGAGUAGAUUCGUUGCUGGCAGUCGAGAUUCGGAGUUGGAUUUCGAAGAUCUUUCAGGCGGAUGUAUCGACCUUUGAGGUCCUUGGAGGGGCUAGCUUUGUGGCAGUUGGGAGGAUGGCUGCGGGUAGAAGUUCCCUGGAGGCAAGCAGGAAGCUCAGUGUUUAG